AUGUCCUCAUUUUCAGAAAAUCCCCAAGUAUCAUCAUCCCAGUUACGGACGCCACAGUUGGCACAGCCGAUCCAGUCAUUGUUUGGUGGGCCAAGCAGCGAUGCUGGCCCACUAUCAUCUUCUCAGCCAGGGUCACCCCAGUCCCUCUUUGGUGGCCCCAGAAAACAGGAGAUUCCCUCGGAACUUGACUUUGGCUCAGAUGCCCAGUAUCCGGACCACCAAAUGUUGGAAGAUGAUGAUUUCAACACUCUCAUGAGAGAGAGACCCUUGCUGGCUGAUUAUGGUUCCGACGGGGAUAGCUAUAGAGGAAGCGAAGACGAGAAUCCAAAAAAGGGCGGGCGUAGGGCCACGAAAUCUGCCAUCAAAAGUGAUCUUUUACCGGAAAAGGCGUACCAGCCAGCAUAUCUGAUUGAUCCUGGUAUAGAUUUGCCACUUGGAACUGAGCGUCCAAACAGAUGGACCAGAUAUCCACAUGCGUACCGAAGGGCUAUCAGAGAAGAGCAUGAUCUUUACACGAGCUUGAUUGCGAAUCGAUCAAGGGAUCUAGGGGCUCAUCUUUACAACGCCUUCGUAAUCCGCAACCAAUCCAACCAAGCGCAAGCAGAUUUCAGGGAUGACGAAGACGUUGAUGAUCAUGAGUCGAUAUCUUUUAGAAAAAGUUGGGUUGCGUGGCCAAUGCCAGCUGACUCGGUCCCUCGUACGGAUGAACUCAUUCAUCGUACACUAGAUGGCCCUGACAAUGCGCGGAGACCGCCUGAUCUUCGGCCCAGCGCAGAAUUAGAAGAGUCUAUUAUGGCAUUUAUGAUGAAGACUGCCAAAGAUAGGUUCUCAGCCCGUGCCUGGGAUCAUGACGAUCUUGGAAUUAAAUGUUCUGAAAGCUCUCCCCAUCUGGACGCAAUGGUUGUCGACGAUGAGGAUGAGACGAAGCACGAGACAGAAGAGGAAUAUAACACCUCGGCACCUCUUAGGCCUGUUAUUCAAGCAGAUGACGAUAUUUCAAGGAAGCAACUGAGACCGCUUUCUCGAAAUGUCAUGUCCCAGCUUGAUCGCCUUUUGAUGGGACUACACCAUGCCCAGAGAACCCGAGUUGGUGAUGAUCUAAGUAGCGACUCCGGUACUGAUGGAGAGGAUGAGCCAUCCAGAUCAGGGCCCAGGCGUAAGAGAUCGAACAGCAAUCAAUCUCGAGGCCGGAAGCUAGUUCGCCCACAGUCCCGUGGAAAGGCCAAUGGACGCUCUCCAAGUCCACGUGAAUCCCCUGGUGCCGAAACAGAGAAUGAAGAGAUGCUUGAUUCACCGAAAUCUCAACGUCGUGCAAAGCCUUCUCGUAAUGGUCUUCCAAUUAAAUCACGAGUUGGUCUACGAGAUUGGAGCGAGGUCAUGGGCUUAGCUCCCAUGAUGGGCAUCCCCUCCGACGCCGUCAACCGUGCUCUCAAACGAUGUACCGACCUAUUCGGGCAAGACAUGACCUUCCGGAAAUUUCGAGAAGGACGGAUGGAAAAAGUCGGUCGCCUAUCCGACAGUACAUUCGAAUACGCCUACUUUGAAAGUGAAAGCGAAAGCGACCCUCCUAGGACACAUAAACGUGUGAAAGCGACACCGAAAUCAAGGUCUCAGUCUUCAUCACGACCCCAAUCUCAAGGACUCCAAGCGCCAGCUUCUUCUACACUUCCUACCGCUUCUUCUCCUGUUGCUUCAUCUUCAAAUGCAGACGUGAUUCAGCAAAUAUCUAUUCCCAAGAACGGUGCUGGUAAGGGCCCUCAUCGAAAAAGUGAUAUACUAUGCCCUAUCAAGAAAUGUACUCGACACACCAAUGGCUUUUCGCGGACUUGGAAUCUCAAUCUCCACAUGAAGCGAGUUCAUCCGACGUAUGAUUCUGAGCGCGUACGAUCUCGAAGCGCGAGUACUACCCGGGGUGCUACUUUAAAAGAUGAAGUCUGA